AUGUCUCUCAAAAUUGUAAUCGUUGGCGGCCAUGGAAAUGUUUCUCUCCGACUUGCUCGCCUCCUUGCAGCCGCGAAGCACACGGUGACCUCACUUAUCAGAAAUCCAGAGCAAAAGGGUGAUAUCGAGGGCACCGGUGCGAUACCUCAAGUAAUAUCUAUUGAAGACUCGUCGAUCUCCGAUUUUGCACAGACCUUUGAAGGCAAGGAUAUUGUUUACUGGUCUGCAGGUGCCGGAGGAAAAGGGGGCGAGGAGAGGACUAAGAAGGUCGACUAUGAGGGUGCCAUCAAGGUAUUCGACGCCAUUGAGGCAGUCCAAGGCUCAAAGCCACGUUUGAUCUAUGUAUCGGCUAUCGAUCUUCGUGAUAGAAGUGCCCCUCCACCAGCGCAUUAUAACGAGGCUGACCUCGCGCUUUCGGAGCGUGUGCAUAAGGCUAUACCCGCUUACAUGCACUGGAAAUACGAAGUCGAGAAGGUGCUCACGGCGCGCACCAAGUUCAACUGGACCAGCCUCAGACCAGGAGGCUUAACCAAUGAGCCCGGCACUGGGAAAGCAGCCCUAGGAAAAACUCACUUGUCACCGACCAUUUCGAGGGAUGACGUUGCGAAGACCUUAUUCCUUCUGGCCACUCGUCAAGAUGCUCAUGGCUUGGGGAUCGACAUGGUCGGUGGUGAGAAUCCUAUCGAGGACGAGCUUGAUUCUGCAAUUAAGCAGUUGCAAACGGAGAAGGCUUGA